AUGAUAAUAAAAUAAAUUGAAAAACUAUUAAGUUCCAUCAAUGAAAACUAUUCAAAUAUCUAAUGUAAAAAUUAUAGAUUUUGUAGCUAUUGCAUAAGUAUGCUUUGAAAAUCCAGAUGAAGCAAAUUUUAUAGCAUUUCUCGUUGAAAAUGAGAUAAAGGAAGUUGAAUCUGAUAAAAAAUUGCUAUAUCUUUUUUUGAUUCAUGAAAUAUUUUAAUUAGAACUUAAAUAAAGAAGACCUACCAUAGAUUUUAUUAAGGCAUUUGGGAUGAAAUUGAAGAACAUGAUUUAAAAUUUCUAAAUACUCUCGAGCAUCAAGCCUAUAGAUAAAGUCUUUUAUUUCAUAAAUAAGUGGGAGAAAGAUAUGAUAUUUCAUCCAAAUUUCACUAUGAAGCUUAGAAACAUUCUCUUACCUAAAUAUGAACUAUUAUAGAAAUAAAAACAAUAAUAAUUAUUAGAUGAAAUGGAGAAGUCUGCAAAACUAGAGAAGAAUUUGAAAAUUAUUUAGGUGUAAAAUCAUUAAUAUAUAUAAAGUCUGUAUCACAUACAAACUAAUGCUAUAAUCUACUUAAGCAAGUCUAACAACUUGAAAAACGAACCUUCGAAUUUAAUUAACACAGAAAUAAUGUUAACAAAAUGAAAAAUUUAAAUUAAAUGAUAGAAGAAGGAGAGGAAUGCAGAAAAUUAUUAAUAAAUGUAUAUUAAAAAGUAAUUAUAAUUUAGAGUAUAUGUCAAAUAUAAUAGUUUUAUUUAACUGUCUCUAGUUAAGGGGAAGAACUAAUGAAAGACUUAAAAGCAACAAAUAAGCUAGACUAUUACAGGAGAAAGAAAAAGAAGUUAUUUCACUGA